UUUGCUUGUCGUUACGUUAGUUUUAGUAGAAGAGGAGUUCGGCUCUCAGCAGGGGAUGACCUACACUGCACUGCCCAUAUGGACUGACACCUGAAAACAGCUCUGUUUGUAUCUGCAGAGUUACUCGACACAACGGAGACUUGUUCUGUCCUCUACGACUGGCACUUGGUGAGAUUUAGACAACCAAAAGCGGAGUGUAAAGUGCAGGUCCUGCCCUCGUUCUCCUCCUUGUGCAAUGCCGAACAGUGACACGUGGCCAGGCGGUGUUGCCAUGGAAUCCUUGAGCAAUAUGGAUAGUGCUGGGAGCUGCGACAGUGUAAUCAGCAUGAACUCUGGCUUUAGUGAAGACAGUAUGGAGCACUUAUCUGCAGAGGAGAGAGCUUGUCUCAUGUAUCUUGAGGAAACAAUCGAGUCGCUAGAAGUGCAGGAGGACAGCGGCUUGUCCAAUGAUGAACCUGAUUCUGCCAUUUCCAGAUUGAAGUCUGGCAAUUCAGGAAAAGUCCAGAUAUCUGUUUCUGGUGGUGGAAUACAUACAGUACAAGUUGAUGGUGGAGCUACUUUCCCAUCUAAAGCACCAGCAGGACCGGGUUCCAGAGAGUUAAACAAUGAACACAAAACUGAGCAGCAUGCUUCAGAUCAAACCUCUGAACCACAGUUGACUUCAGCAGCCAAACCAAAGGAUUCUGAAAUGUUAUUAACACAACUCAGACCUCCAGUCACUGAUUCAGCCACAGCAUGCAUAAUGCCCACGCCAGACACUCAAACUGACAUAUUGUGUGUGUUUUCUGAUGGAGAUCCUGAGAGCGUCCCCACAGAUGCCAAGCUUUGCCCAGAUCAGUCAUCUAAGCCAUCCUCUGAAUUAGAUCUGGGACUCAUCCCCCCUCCUUCAGACUUCAGGGAUGAGCCACUUCCUCAGCCAGAGAAAGACAAAGUCAGUCUUCCACCUGCAGGGACACCCAAUAAGACGCCUGUGACAUCAAUUGACCCGGAGCAGCUGCGCCAGAAAGCAUCUGAGAAGAAACCUCCAGUGAGCUCCUCUGUAACCCUCGACUUUCCAAACAAGCCCCCAUCUGAACCAUCUGUCGGUUCCGCAAUAAGUCCCUCUCCUGAUGCAUCUGAGCCCCGCAGUCCUCCCGCUGUGCUUCCUAAGCCAAAGAAGCUUCCUGCCAAUAUUAUUUUGAAGUCACAUAAGACUUCAGUGGGCGGCUCUGAUGCCAGUUCAGGACAUUCAGCCCCCAGCAGUGCUGAUCGGUUACUGUUGGACCCUCAGAGGGUCCGCAUGGAGGCCCUUCGAAAGCUCGGCCUUCUUAAAAGUGAGGAGUGUGAAUCGGGGCCUGCUCUGAGCCCCAGACUUUCUCCUAAAUCUAGGAGGUCAUGGGCAGCUCCUUCUACUCCGCUCAGCCCUCUAGCUCCAAAUACACCUACACCACCCUCAACACCUUCGUACCCUCAUGUGAGCAGCACACCUCCUACCUCUGCCCCUGUCUCGUCCCCAGCUCCUGUUACUGCGUCUCCAUCAGUUUCAUCCACACCUCCAGCAGUCCCACUUUCUGAUAUUCUUCCAGCACCUGCUGCAUUCAGUGACCCUGUUGCCCCCAUGCCAUCACAUAAUGAGCUGUCUGCUGUUAAAGAUGUUUCAGAAGAUACUGUUACAGUUUCCCCUGCUGCUCUGGCCAACCAGUUAACCCCACCCAAGGCUGCAGGUGUUCAGUCACACAGCCUGGAGCACUCCGGCCUGGGUCAAGAAUCCAGUGAAGGUAGCGAGAAGGUCGACACUAAGCACAGCCUCAUUCAGCUGCGUAACAGUCGGCCGCGCCCUGCCUCUCUGGGAAGCGGGAGAGAAUUUUCAAGUGCUCAGGGUGAGGGGUCCCAGGCGAGCGGUGCCAAUGAUAAAGACCCAGACUCUCGUAGAUCCCUGUCUCCCUACACUGCCUCCCAUCACUCGGAUAACCUCCAGAAGCUGCCUCGAUCACAAGGCAUCAGUGUGCUGAUCUGUCCUCGUGCACAGAAUGAAGAGGACCGCCGUGUGGCCCUGAAGAAGCUGGGGCUGCUCAGGGACUGAUGCACCAACACCAAAUCUCAGUUCUUUUCUCUCUGUCACGGACUUCACUGGGAUAUCACAUUUAUAGGAACACAUAUAGGUUUUUUUACACAGUUUCUGAAGGCAUUACCUAACUUUUGGGAAACAGUUUAACCUAUUUAUGCAUUUUCAUUUUUAGGGCACCAAACUGUUAUAACCAGACACUGCCUCACACAACUUUAAUGCCAUGACUUUCAUAGCCUUAGUUGCGUCAACUUUUUACUUUAAUUGUACAGUCACAUGUAUAGUGUUUUAUUUCUUGUAAAACUGGCAACCUAGAAUCUUUUCAUUUUUCACUGACUUCUUUGCAUUAGCUGUUAUUUUUGUAAAUUAAAUACUGUUACUUAUAAGAAAGCAGCAAUGAGUUUUAUUUGUCAUUUAACUAUGAACAACUAAUUUUAAUUGUGUCUGAGUAAUUGCGUCUUGUCAUCAUAGGUUUCAUUUCAGUGACACCAGUAUGUUCCCCAGUAGGUUUUUUUUUUUUAAUCACUGUAAAAGGUCAGCGGUGACACACUAAAUCUUAAAAUUCCACAAUACUUGUAACAUGACUUUGUCCACCACAGUCACAUUUUAAACAAACACUGACUAAUAUUUUGAGUAUUUAAGAUGAACUGCAGUGCUGUGAACUUGUGUACUUGAUGCAGUAUCUCAGAGCAAGCUCUUUGCAUGAUAAUUGAAUGGUUUCAUGUAAAUGAAAAUGUAAAGCGCAUAUCCUGUAUUUCUAGAACUUAUUUUACUGGAACUGUGUCAGCAGCCAGGAGGCAAUAAGAAUGUGAAACACAUGCUUUGCAUGACUGAAUCAUGACACAUGUCAAAACUCCAAGCCUGUUGCACAGCAGUCUGUUUAGUCUCAUUAUAGUGCUGUAAGCAUGCAAGGAAUAACAGGAGAAGAAACACAUUUAAUCUUUUAGCAUUUCUUGAUAUUUUUUUUCUCCUUUUGGGAUCAUAAAUCUUUUUAUAGGGAGUUCAAAUAUGUGUUGUGUGAGGUCUCAGGUAGAGGCACCAUUGUCUAGCUCAGCUUCAUCACCUUUAUCUGAUGUGAUGGCACAAAAACUGGCGCAACCUGUUUUCUCACCUUCUGGUUCAGCCUUUAUGCAACACCUAAGCUCCUUGUGAUGGUGCAUUUAUGAUCUGACACACUUCAACUUUUUUGCAGUGAGGUAGUUGUGCUUUUUCGUAUUAUUUUGCUGUUAAUGUCAGAUUCUGCUAGAAGAAUUCAAUGCAAUUCACUCGACUCUUUGAAAUUCUGUGAAAAGUAAUUUAUGCCAGGUUUCUGUGCUGCAGAGAGGAAGAGGUUUUGAAUAAUCUGCUGUCAAGGAAGUUUAAUUUUCUCACUCUUCUUGUCACAUCAAGAGGGAACCGUGCUAUUAAAUCUACACCUAGGUGUGUUUGCUAUGGGAGUUGUUUUCUUUGCCUGCAUCAGUACUAAGUGCCACUUUGUUUGCAGUUAUGAUUCCUUCAGCCUUGCCCAGUUGCCCACAUUUUCACACAUCUAUUUACUUAUUUGCAUUUUUGCAUCACUGUUUUUGAUUUCCUCUUUGUAGGCGCUUGCUUUAAUUGAUUUCUCUUAUUCCAGCAUCUCUGGAUAAAAUAUUAUGCUUAUGUACUGUAUGUGAAUCCGUUCAGAGAAAAGGCCUAGAGGAAAUUAGAAAUUAAGCACAUGUAUGAUAUAAUGAAAGUACUGUCAAAAUAUAUAAUUAUUCUGUUCCAUUGACAGUUUAGCUUACACUGCGUAUACUCUUUUACAUUAAAGCAGAGGUAACAAGAAGCAUCUAUGUGAUAUGUAACCAGUAAAGGUUGCUUCGUGCUUUCUGUGGCAUGUUGGUAUGUGAGCUAUCUUUUCUGUUCCACAAACACCGGACCUGAUUGACGAGCAGUUGGUGACAGCUGCUGCCACUUUCACUGUUUCCGUCGUAAGGAUCAGAGAUCAGCUGCAAAGAAUAACAUACCAUAUUCAUCUGCAUACCGUACUUAUUACACUAACAAUGCAAAGAGGCUGCCAAUAAGUAGCACGAGUUCCCUACAUGAAGAAAGAAAAAAAAAACACUGUACAAACUGUUUUAAUCAUUUAUCUUUGGGUUUAUAAUAAUUAUACAACAGUGUGAUAUAAAAGCAAAGAGGAGGCAGCUUUAUGAUCUUAAAAAGGGUUUAAUUCGGGCAACAUAAAAUUUAAGAGCAUGUUAAUAGCCAAGUGGUCAGGUUGAGAGGUUUAUGGAUGUGUUUAAGGUUUUACAAGUACAUUUUGAUCACUAGAGGGCAGUCUCGAUUCGUGUGUUUGUACCAGUACAACCACUUCCAGUACAGACUUCCUAAGACUUCACUGAGUCUGAGAGCUCAUGAUGGACAGCAUUUAAUAUUGUGCAUGGAGUCAUUUUUCAUAUCACAUGUCAACGAAUACGCUGCAAAAUGGAUCUACGUCUUUGUACUGAGGCACCCUAAAGUAUAUUAAAAACUACAUUUCAACAUGCCACUGACUAAGCAUCGUAACCCACAGUCAUCUCUUGUUUGCAUGUUUUCUUGAUGAGUUUUAUUCUUUGAGAGAUGAUUCAUUGUGAAACUAGCGAAUUCAUCACAUCAUUUUCUGGUUGAAAUGUUAUGAAAUUUAUAAAUUGAUGAGGAUUAGAUGUCGGUUGCUGUGGAUCUGGUAAGAUUUUGCUUUCCUCCCCACCAAAGUAAGCCACUAUAUUUAAUCAACUUCCAUAUAAAAGCUGGAAAAAGCUCUCCGUUUAAGUAUGAGCUGGAGGGAAUGUCUGCAUUAACAGGUGGAAGUGAAAAGCAACACCAAACUUGAGUGGUUUAAAUUUGAUAUGCUUCAUAAGUCCAAGUAUUUUUGGAGCUCAGUCUGAAAGUUUCGGAGUGUUUUCAUCUGCACUAAUAAAAGUUGAUUUACUAAUUAAAAUGGAAUUGGUUCACAUGAGUAAUUUCAUGUUGAUUCAUGAGACGUCCCAUAAAACUGGCUUUGGUAGAGAAACAGGACCUGAUGUAUUUAGAGUUUGUGGAAUUGAAUUACAUAGAACUUUAUUGGAUUAGGCUGAACGAUUAGUAACUUUUUUUCUGUGUUUUCUCUUUUCAUAUCUUAUGAGGUCAGUUAAACUAGGCCUGAACCAGCAUGAGUUUAGAGAAUUCAGCUUGGGCCUGUGCCACAGUUUUUAUCUUUUCCAGCAAAAUUACUUUGUCCUUUUUCCUUCUAGGGGAAGUGAUUCAGGUCAGAGUAACGGCAAGAAUGAAAGAAAUGAAUGUGGUUGACUUUCUGGAAGGUUUUACUCAUCAAAGUGUCACAGUGACCUUAAAACACGCUGAACUUCAGAUUCCUCACAUGGAUUGAAUAUGAAUUGAUAGUUUUUGUUUUUAGUGGCAGAAAAUAUUUUUAAUCUCACAGAUGAAAUAUUUUAGGGCACACAGAAGAGCGGUGCCUCCACAAAGCUCCUCUGAGACACUCCCUUGUGUGUUUGUAGAUGGAGCAGGUAGGCGUAACUGCUGCACCAUCAGGCUAGACAGUGAGCUCAUGGGACUUCCCCACUGUCCUGGUCCUGUUCUGUACUGUACUUACCUACCUACUUACAUAUUGUCUGUCUGAAAGAGGCUGCCAAAAGCCUCGGCCCCUUCUCCAGAUAUAAACUGAUCACAGAGGAUUAGUGGAGACAAAGUGGCACAUAGCCACUGCUGAGUGUGCUGGGCUUUAAGUGAGCUCGGCCCAGUUCUGUGUCAUCAGAAGAGUUAACUUAAAAUAUAUGGCUAUUAUGUGUUUCUACAGUGUAUGUGUGUUUCAGAUGGAGAGUGUAAGCACUGGAAUUAGAUUUGUUACAUGAUGAUGAUGAUGAUAAUGUGAAGGAUAC